GAAGAUGAAGAUGAAGAUCAUGAUGAUGAUGAUUGAAUGUUCGACUAUCUUACAUAUUGUAGCAAAUUGAACUAUCAUUUCACUAGAGUGAUCCUUCCUUAUUUGAAAUAAUUUGACUAUCUUAACUUUUUUAUGCAAUAAUUUGAAAUUCACUUUAAUUUGUAGUGAUCCUUCCUUAGUCUUUUCUAUUGCUUCACUUUAUUUGUACACAUAUUCAAUGCAGUAAUGACAGGAGAAGGUAAAGACCGUCCUGAUAAAGGAAAGGGGGUAGCCAAGCCUAAAAAAAGGAAACGGACCACAAAGUAUGUACUUAGGGUGCGUGAUACACUACCUAUCCCUUACUCCUGCAGUACACCCUUCCCCUACUCCUGUAGUACACCCUCCCCCUACUCAUCCAGUACACCCUCCUCCUCCUACUCCUGCAGUACACCCUCCUCUUACUCCUGCAGUACACCCUCCCCCUACUCAUACAGUACACCAUCCCCCUACUCAUACUGUACACCCUCCCCCUACUCAUACUGUACACCCUCCCCCUACUCAUACUGUACACCCUCCCCCUACUCAUAUUGUACACCCUUCUACUCCUACCCCUGCAAAAGAGCCUCUUCCUCCCCCUGACCCUACUUCUAUACCUUCCUCAUCUACUAGACCGCCUUCUGAGACUGUCACACCAUUUACUGAUGGUGAUGAUGAUGAUGUUGACCCGCUCCUCCAUGAUCGACCAUGGAUUGAGCCAUAUGGAAAAGGGUUUAUUCCAUCCAGGGUUGCUUCCCAGGCCAUCACACGAUCAAUUAAGCAACAGUAUUUGACUCCAUGGCCUACUUGGGGAGCAAUACCUAUAGACGACAGAAAGCCAUUCUGGGAGCGUUUUAAGAUGAAGGUGCAGUGGAAAGCUAAACAUGAAAGUCAAAUUUUCACAUGA